AUGAAUGAUGAAUUAUAUUCAAAAUCAAUGAUUAAUAAUGAAAAACAAACAUCCCUUGCAAAACCUGUUAAUCAAUUAUGUUUUUUUUUUCAAUUAGACAUUUGCUCAAUGUACAUGAAUCGAUCAUGGCUUGAUCAUUGUAUUGACAUUAUCUUUCUAUUUCUUACUGAGAAUGAUAAAGAUUCAUUAAUAAUACCAAGCACAAAUAAAGAUACAAAAGUUAAUUUUGAACGAUUACUUUCAACAACAUUAUUUUCUAUAAAAUCAGUAAAACACUUAAUUAUUUUAAAUCAACGUUCAAUGUACAAAAGAGUUUUUAUUGAACUCGAUUUACUUGUUCAAUUACUUUUGAUUCGUGUUAGUUAUAGUCGAUUAAAUGCUGAUGAAUUUUCGUUUAUUUUUUAA